AUGUCUCAACAUGCGCUGGUUCUGAAGGAAUUUGGGCACCCUCUCGUCCUGGAGAGUCGGCCCAUUCCCAAGCCAGAACCCAAUGAGAUAUUGAUCAAAAUACUGUCUGUUGGAUUGAACCCACACGACCACAAGAUCCGAGACCAUGGCAUCAUCGUCAAAGCCGAAGAUUUACCGUACAUUGGGGCAAAUGAUAUCGCCGGCUUGGUAGAGCUGGUGGGGUCAAAUGUAUCAUCUUUCAGGCCAGGCGAUCGAGUGUUUGCGCAGGCCAAUACGAGAAGCUUAGACGGAGGUGGCCUUCAGCAAUUUGCCACAAUUUCGGCAGAUCUGGUUGGUAGGACCCCUCCAUCGGCCAACCAUGACGAUGUAGCAACACUUCCAACUGUUGCCAUGGCUGCAUUUAUAGCCUUAUUCCAUGAAUCUGGCCUUGGUCUUCCGCUCUUUCAUGGGAUGAAGGAGUUCGAUUACCCUUCGCAAAGCCUGUUGGUCAUCGGGGGCGGGUCCAGCUGCGGCAAAUUGGUCAUCGAAUUCGCGCGACUAGUAGGCUUCGGCAAGAUAAUUGCCAUCGCGUCCAAAAUGCCUGAGAAAGAGGCCGAACUGAGGAAACUAGGCGCCACGCUUGUAAUUGAUAGACACGCUGAGAAUUUGGCAGAGGAAGCCCGCAAAGUUAUCGGCGACGACUUGAUUUAUGCCGUCGACACAAUCAACAUCGGCGACGGCCAGAAACUUGGAGUGACCCUGCUCUCAACCCACAGGAAGGGCACACUCAUAACGCUUUUACCUGGAAAUGUGGAUGAGGCGGCCGUUGCAGAUAAAAAUGCAAGGCAUGACGUGCGAUUCUCGAUGGGCAUUGGACAUUUACACCGUGAGCUGGGAGUACAGUUCUGGCAACAUAUCACCGGCUGGCUGGACUCGGGUAGCAUUCGAUACCUGCCAUAUCGGGUAAUAGGCGGUUUGAAGGCGGACGAGGUCAAUGCGGCGCUGGACAAAAUUGCCCAGGGAGAGACUGUGAAGAAUGUUGUGCACCCGAACGAGGAUUGA